AUGGCCUUCUUCAUCUUGUCCUCCAUAUUCUUCAUUUUCCUAACAUUUCUCCUUCAUGCAAUAUAUAAUCGAAGACAAAAACUGAAACUUCGCGCCAAAAUUGGAUUGGAUGGACCGGAACCUCAUUGGUUUUUGGGAAAUUUGAAAGAUAUUAUUGAUCGGACUACUCUGAUGGGAUAUAACAAUGCACACGACUGGCAUUUGGAAAUGAGGAAGAAAUAUGGAGACAGAUAUGCAAUUUUCUUCGGUCAAAAGCUAGACAUCUUCUUAUGCAAUGAAGACGACAUUAAGGAAGUGUUCAUCAAGAAUUUCUCCAAUUUUUCCGAUCGUGGAGUUAUUGAGAUUUUCAGAGAGACAAAACUAAACGCGUCUCUUCUUCAAAACACGUAUGCAACCGGUUGGAAACAUACUCGAUCUGCAAUUGCUCCGAUAUUUGCAACUGGAAAAAUGAAGGCAAUGCAUGAGACGAUCAACUCGAAAAUUGAAACUUUCUUGGAGAUUUUGAAGGAAAAAUCAGAGAGUGGAGAGAAAUGGGAUAUUUAUGACGAUUUCCAAGGCCUCACUCUCGACGUCAUCGGAAAAUGUGCAUUUGCAAUUGAUAGUAAUUGUCAGAGGGAUCGUAAUGAUGUAUUCUACGUGGAAGCCAGGAAAUUUUUCCAUAAUAUUGACUUGAGACAUAGUCCGUUGGUUAGCACAAGUGUAAUGAUUCCGGAGCUGAUGUGGCUGUGGAAAUUCCUGUACAAGUUCACUGGAUUAGCUUCUGCAGAACUGCCGUUGGUGAAUGGGUUGGAUGAUGUUUAUGAAAGAAGACGUGGUGGUGAAGGAUCCGACAGUGUUGACCUUCUGAAACUUCUAUUGGAUCGAGAAGAUGAUAAGACGAAAGGAAUGACAAAACAAGAAGUAAUUGAGAAUUGUUUCGCAUUUCUAUUGGCUGGAUAUGAGACAACAAGUACUGCAAUGACAUAUUGCUCUUAUCUACUAUCGAAAUAUCCGGAAGUUCAACAGAAAUUAAAUGAAGAGAUAGAAGAGACGAAGAGAACGAAGCAAGGGGGAUUGAAUUAUGAUUCAAUUCAUCAAAUGAAAUAUUUGGAUGCUGUCUAUAAGGAGACACUCAGAUAUUAUCCACCUGUUAUUCACUUUAUCAGUCGUACUUGCCUUAAGGACAUCACUAUCAAUGGCCAAUUCUACCCUAAGGGAUGCGCCGUGACUGUACAAGCCAACACCGUUCACCGCAACGAAGCCAAUUGGGAGAAUCCAGAUGAAUUCAAUCCAGACAGAUUCUUGGACACAAAUGAAGACAGAUCUUCCACGACUCAAUUAAAAUGGAUUCCAUUCGGAGUCGGACCAAGAUAUUGUGUUGGAAUGAGAUUUGCUGAAAUGGAAUUCAAAACUACAAUUGCUAAACUAAUUGAGAAAUUUGAAUUGAGUGUUAUUAAGGGGGAACCUGAUUUGAUUCCCGAUUGUAAUGGUGUUAUUAUGAGACCGAAAGAUCCGGUUCGAUUGAAUUUAAAGUUGAGAAAGUAG